AUGGACUCUGCAGAAGAGGAUCACGGUCCUGAGGUAUUCGAAACCAGCGACGUCGAGAGCGAAAGCGGAACCAAUCAUGUUGAAGAAUCCAGUGAAAGCAUUGCACGUGAUGCUUUGGCCCCGCCUCUGGACGCCGUUUCCAGCUAUGAAUCUUCAGCUCUCAGUGACGAAUUGACCUUGGUUGAUUUCCUGGGAAACGUGGCGAGGAGAUUGGCUCAAAGUGGCUAUAAUGUGGAGAAGCUUGGCGAAACGAGGAAACAGAAGUUGGCCAGAAUUGCCCGGGAACUCGAGGAGUUGGAGAAAGAGGAGCCUUCUGAAGUUGAGGUAUUGGCUGGAAAGUUUCGUGAAUUGAAAGCUGGGGAGGAGAAAAGCGGUGAUUUCGAUGUUGGUGUUGGAGAUAUUUUCAAGAACAUUGAGUCUGCCUUGAAGGAAAGGUCAACAAAGGAGUAUUCUGAGUCCAAUGAGGUUCUACGAUUGGAAAAGAGGAUAGCCGAGUUGGAAGAGGCGAUUGGGUCCAAUGAGGACACGCCCACAAGCAUCAGAAACAUCCUAAAUAACGCAAGUCGAAAGGUGAAUGUCUUGUACGAUCACGAGGAGGAGAUCGCCGCCGUCCAGACCGAAAUCAAGCUGCUCAGUAAAGACAUGGAGGCUUUGGCUGCCAACAGGCUUUCGUCUUUGUAUGACAGGUUGACUGAGUUCGACAGAGUCAACGCCAUAGUGCCUCUGAUGAUAGCCAGACUACGUUCGCUCAACAGUGUUCAUGCUGAGAGCGGACAUGCUGUUGAAUGUGUUGCUACCUUGGACAAGACAUUGAGCAGUUUGGCGCUGGAUUUGAAGAAGUGGGACGAUUCGGUGGACAAGAUAGAUAGGAGUCUUGUGGAGCAGAGUGAGGCGUUUGAGAAGAACGCUAAGGUUUUUCAGAAGAAAAUGGAGGAUGUGAUGAGUCGUAUUGACAAGAUCGAAGCCAAGAAGGUUUGA